UUCGGAGUUCCUAUUUUAGAAGCGUCGGUUUCGCGACUCCUCUCCUCCUCCUGCGAGUUGGGGUUGAUUUCGGCGCGGGAAAGGGCGGUGUUUCCUUCCUCUCGCUUUGGUGUUUGUGCUCGAGAUUGUGAUCGAUUUGGCAAUUGCAAACAGCGGAAGAAGCUUGAUCCGAUGGAUGGGGAUCGGCAAAGAAGAGCGCCCCUCAAAUCCCGUCAUCCCGAUUUGAAAGAGAAGAUUCAACCUGGCGAUGUUGUUUUGGUACAAAAGAUCUGUUUUUGGCUACUGUUUGUUCCGAGAGAUGGCCUAUUGACAUGAUGGAUAGGGAAUUUGUGGGUGGACGGCGGCACGCAUUACUACAUGUGGCGCUGCAACUUAUUUUGAUGUUUGAUCUCAUUGUUUCUUUAAGCACUCUUACCUUGAGUAGACGUCUUUCCUUUCUCCUCCCCAGCAACAUUUUUAUCCGUUACUCAAGAGCUAAUGCAAAAAGGGCGAGCCUUGGCCCUUCGUAAGGUUGCUCAUUGCUACCCAGCUUAGACAGUGUUGCUUGGAAAGAAUCAAAGAGGAGAGAAACCAAUUACUAUGGAAGAUCAGGUCGAACAGGCAGCAAUCUCAAGAGACAGAGGACAAAUUUGGAAGUUCUUCACAAUCUUUAAAGUGUAAAAAUGUUCUGGAGAUUCUGAUUAUAUUAUCUUGUGACUCUGAAAUUGCAAUCUUACAUGUUGUACAUUCCUGGACAUUGUGGAGUCAACAUUGAGGGAAAUAGUUUCUGAUGAGCUGCAGAGAAUGCAGCCAUCUUUAGUUGAAAAUCAGAGAAACAUUGUUUCCAAGAACAAUGAUGUAAUAUGGGAAUUUGAUGGCCUGCAUUUGGAAAACUCAACUGAAACUGCAAGUGAAGAGCUGAUGUUGGAGAUGCAAAGACUUCUAUACGAGGACCUGAGAGAGGAGUUAAUUAGGAGAGAGCUUGAAUUUUUCGAAAAGGAAGAUGAAUACUUAGCUCAAGCAGUUUUGGAAAACAUGAAUCUUAAUGACAACCAGUUGGGCAAUCACAGCUUUGACUCCAUUGAAUGGAGCCAAUGGUGGGGGACAGUCAUUCUACUACAUCCAGUGAAUGCUGAAAACAACAAAGUAUGGUGCCCAAUCUGCAAAAGAGGAGAACUGCGAGAGAAUCAUCAUAUCAUAUGCUGUACUAAUUGCAAUCUUCGGUUUGAUGCUGGAAUCGAUAAGUUAAAUCUGAACUUCCUCAAAAGCCGGUUGGGUGAGGUGCACAUGGAUCAUCUGAACAGAGGAUGCAAAGCAACACCUAGUUUCUGUAUGCAGGCUAUGUUCAAUCUCAAUGCACUUUUUAUACAAUGUGAAGUAUGUGAUACAUUUGAAAUCGUGAUAUAACUUGUGAUUACCAAAGAGAAACAUAGUUUAGCAACCAGUACACAUGGUAGUAGACCAUGCUACAUCAAUGCCAAGUUAUCAUGUAUAAAGGGCAGUCGUAUGCAGUCGGUAUGCAUCCUGCAUUCUUUUAUUUCUAGUGGAGAAUGUUCCAGCCAUCACAUGUUGAAUUUUUCAUAAAAUUAUUUAUCACAUGAUAUAUGCUGAUA